CGCUCGCACACCUAAAGCGUGUACUUUACUUGUUAACUUUAAUUCCAUUUUAAAGCCUUUUCUUUAAAACCACAGACAGUUCACACUCUUUGCAGUCGCUGACAGGACAGCGGACUUGUUCCCGAAGCUGCACGCAGGCGGUAAUUUUAUUUUAAAAGUUGGAUUACAGCGGAGCCACUUGAGCUGAGAGGAAAUAUUGUCUGCCAGAUGCUGCUCAGAAGAUGAGCAGCACUGAAGUACAGGUUGGGGAAAUCAGCGUAAUCCCGUGCUGUCAACGGGUGUCAGCAGCAAGUUACAGAGAUGAGUAAUAACAGAUGGUUACAGAUGACUUAUGUGCCUGUGAUGCCUGAAGACAGGCAGUGUGGCGGGCGUAGAUAAGCCCCCUUAUGAGGUGAAAACUCUCCCCCGUCCUGCAGUAUCCCCUCACAGCACCAACAGCAGGAAUAAGGGAUGUCACGGCUGUUCUUACUUUUGGGAAUGCUCAUUUUCUCCUGCAGCAUCCAGAUGUCUCCUGCUACAACCCUGGAUAAACUGAAGGAGAAUUGGAAAUCGUACAUGGAGGAGUGUGAUCGCAACAACAGCAGAAACCCCCAGAGCACUGGCCUCGUGUGCAACAGGUCUUUUGACAAAUAUGCCUGUUGGCCUGACGGACUCCCCAACACCACUGUCAGUGUGCCAUGUCCAUGGUAUCUGCCAUGGCACCACCAAGUUCAGCACGGCAUGGUGUAUCAGGAAUGUGACGCUAACGGCCAGUGGGUGACUAUGAAGAAUACCAGUGAGUGUGACUCUAAUGAUCCAAGUCAGCAGUACUAUGGCCACAUUCGGAUCAUGUACACAGUGGGCUACUCUUUAUCACUGGUGGCUUUGGUGCUGGCGCUUGGUAUCCUCAUAUUCUUCAGGAAACUGCAUUGCAUGAGGAACAACAUCCACAUGAAUCUGUUUGCCUCCUUCAUCCUGCGAGCGCUGUCUAUUCUCAUCAAAGACGCUCUGGUGGCCAACAUCACAUCGCAAGACCUCAGUAGAGACCAGGAGCAGGGAUUCCCCCAGGCUUCGAUGCCUCCAGUGGAGUUGCUGGUCAACAAUGAGACAACGAUUAGCUGUCGCAUUGCCGUGGUGAUGAUGCAGUACAGUAUCAUGGCCAACAGCUACUGGCUGCUGGUGGAAGGCAUCUACCUCCACAACCUCCUGGUGAUCACCGUGUUUACAGAGAGGAACUACUUCAAAAUCUACCUUUGCAUUGGAUGGGGUACCCCGUUAAUAUUCCUUGUGCCCUGGGUGAUGGCUAAAUACAUGUAUGAAAAUCAAGAGUGCUGGGAGCAAAACAUAAACAUGAAUUACUGGUGGAUCAUCCGUUCUCCAAUACUGCUGGCAGUUGUGAUCAACUUCCUCAUCUUUAUCCACAUCAUUAAAAUUCUUGUGUCGAAACUUCAAGCUCAUCAAAUGAGAUACACAGAUUACAAGUUCAGGUUGGCUAAGUCGACUCUAACCUUGAUCCCUCUGCUGGGUAUCCAUCAGGUGGUCUUUAUCUUUGUGACCGAUGAAUCCACCAAGACCACCAUAGGUCUGCGUCUCACCAAGCUCUUCAUCGACCUCUUCUUCUCCUCCUUCCAGGGUCUCUUGGUGGCCAUCUUGUACUGCUUUGUCAACAAAGAAGUGCAGUCGGAGAUCCUGAAGAAGUGGAAACGCUGGAAGCUAGGGAGGAACAUCGAGGAGGAAUACCGCCACACCUACAGCAAUACCCCCAACACGAAGACAGGCAGCCUGUUGAACCACGUCUCUCGAUUGCCUCACUUGCCGGACAUCGCCAAAACCUCUGCUCCGGUCUGCAGCCCCGAGGAGAGGCACAUGCUUGUUGCCGGCUGCCAUAACGGUAUGGUCCACAGUAAGGAGGCAGGCCAGUGUGCCUCUCCACUGCACGAGGGAGCCAUCAGCAACUGCACCAUGAUGGAGGACAUCGGCCUUACGGACAAGGUGCAGUGUUACGUGUCUCCAAGAGAGCUCGAGCCACCAGAGAAAGACACUGGGAACGAGAACUUGAUGGAGAAAGUGGAAGGGCUCUGAGAUCUCAUCUGGCUCUGACUUACUGUCCUGGGUGGCUGUGAAGAGCUGGGCUGAUAGAGUCAUCUGUCAGAGAGGUCUUUGCUCAGAGAUCAGUGUCACAGGGAGACCGAGCAGCACUCAGCCCUCUCCACAGCCCGAGAAUGGAGAACAAUAUGGCAGACAUCCACGCUGAGGGGUCUAAUGUGCUGUGAGCUGUGUGAUUGGAUUUCUGUAGAUGUUUGUCAGACAGUGUAAGAAACUGCUGCAUGUUGAACAAUGCAACAACGGCAUCUCAAGGCACAUAAGCCAUGUAAAAUAAUACACAAAAAAAACAAACAAACCCUGACACCUUAAAUAGCAACAACGGCAACAAAACAAAACAACAAAAACAAAAGACACAGGGUCCUUGCUUGAGCCACUGCUUUAAUUUGUGCUGUGUAUCAAAUGUGUGUUUUGUGAUACAGGAGGCUAAAGAUAAACUGGACAUUGAACUGCAUACACAAAAACGGACCAAACAAGUGACACAAAACAACAUGGUAGGAACAGAAGAGACUGCUUUUUUUUCCCUCUUUGCUUUGCUCUGGUAUCUGUAAAUGUUUUUUUUUUUUUUGUCUAUACUGACUUUGAUGAAAAUGUACAGAAAAAGAGGACACUUUCUGUUGACUGUACCUCAUACAGUAAGUUCACCACAGUGUUGUUCAAGCGGCCCCCAUCCAGGGCCCCUGGGAAAUUGGCAGCUGCUCUCACCAGGUCAUUCCUGGUGUACAUAUAGACCUUAAAGGAGGUCAAGAGAUGGCAUGGGAUGAAUUAUAAAUAAGCUAAAAUGAUCAUCGCUUGACUUACUUAGGUGUUUUACAAUACAUUUUUUUAUAUAGGUCUAAACCUUGAAUAAUGCUGAGUGCUACAGUUGUUACUGUGUACAUGUGCCAGGUGUGUUUUCAAGAAGAGGCGUUGCAAAUCUGUGCCGUUAAACAUGUUUUCUUUCCCCCUCGCCAUCAAGAUGUUGUCUGACUCACAUGCCUUGGUGUACUAUGUGAACCUCCACAUAGAAGCCCUCCUAACCCUUGAGAUGAAAGCUGAUAGGGGGAACUGUGCACUCAAAUCAAGGAUAAAAAUACACAACACAUAAAGAUGACCUGUAAAGGCACACAUGCAUAAAGUAUGAAUCGAACACUGUGACUCAAAAUAGCAUGUCACCUCUGGCACAAAGGUGUUUUUGCGAUGCUAAAUAUAGUCUGUCAUGCAUGCAGAUUGCACAGAUUUAGUGAACUUACAAGUUGUGUGUGCCAUACAGUGCCAUCACAUCACCAUCUCCACUGUGCAAACGCCAAACAGUCAGACAGACUGUGCUGAUGACUGCAUGUGCCCAGUUACUCUUCACACAGUGUUUAGUAUUCAGCCUUAUUCUAUGUCUGCGGCGCCUGUGGACACUGAACAAAACUCUGCGACUUAAAGGUGGAACAAACCCUCUCUGGUAAGCAUGCUAGUGACAAAGAAAGCUAAAUUAGCAGUGGUACAUGUGCUUCUGAAUACAUCAUAUUAACUUUUGUUUUAUAAAGGGAAGCUUUUGUUAAAUAUUAGUUAAACUUUGAGUUGCUAAAUAUUUUGCCAUAACUAACUCAACUUGACUUUGUAUGACUAUUUGCACAAUGUUAAUUUAUAAUUGCUAAAUACUGUGUGUAUAUAUGUGUUUAAACAGGUGAUUUAUCUGAUUGCUGUAAAUAUAUUUCAUGCAUGUCUGUGUGUAUGUAUGUGCGCGCGUGUGUGCGUGUGUGUGUGAGCAUAUUUUCAGGUGGGUAGUGUGUGUGGUUUCAGAGUAUUCCCGAUUUGUGUAUGUAACAGUAGGAAGAAUCACUGGCUGCAGCCAGAGGAACGGUGGGGUGAUAUAAACCAGUGCAACUGGCUUCACACAGAGCACAGAGGUCAUAGGUCGAUAUGAGUCAGUCCCACUCUAGCAUAUACAGUAUCACACCACAGGACGUUCCCAUAGAUUAUGUCUAUAUAAGGCAUGAGGAAGACACAGUUCUGUGUUUUACUAUGGAAGCUAGUCUCUGUGUGAUUCCUCAGUGUCAGUUUGUUGUUCAGAGUUAAAAGCACAACAGCAACGUGUUUGUCAUUCAGAUAAUGGCUCUGUGCAUUUACGCAGAGCCAGCCAGGUGUUGUUGGUGUCGGGAAAAAAAAAAUGCAGACUGAGGUUAUUUUUCAUCAACAUCUGCUGAGGAUUGUAAUAGAGCAGGGCAGGUAAAUAUCCAAUUCUCAGAGCUGAGCUGGGAGCAUGACGCACACCGUGGCACUGCUGUUGCUCAGAGGUGAAUUUGCAGUGUUUUUCUUGUUUUGCAGAGCAGGAGAAAUGUUUGGAUACUGACACGGUAACAAAGGAAUGUUGUGCACCUUGAGUAAAAUAGGAUUCAUAUGUAAGUAUAUUGCUGAUGUAUUUUAAGCUGUGACCAUAACCAUGUAUGUUUUUGAAACCAGCAGCUUGGGUCACUCCCCUUUCUGGACCAAAGUGGUGGUUCUAUCUGAAUGUAUUCUUUAGAAGGCCCAAAUUGAUAUGUUCCUUUUUAUUUUCUCUUAAAAGUGGUUACGUGAAAUAUAUUUGGUGUGAGGAACCAGUCAGCAAAAAACUGACUAUGUUCAGGUGUAUACAGUUCAUCAUAUAUUGUGUAUCAAACUUUGUCCAAAUAGUGAAAGAAUAAAUUACAAUGUAUGCUUUUUUGUUGUUGUUGUUGUUGUUUUGUUUUUUUGUUUUUUUGUAUUGGUGAACAUUGAUCAGGUUAAAAUAAAAAGGAGAAAGCAUG